AACGACUGAAACGUACCAAACACGCAGCGGGACUACAGCUCCCAGAGUGCAUCGCGGUAACAGCUUGUAAACACACAUGAAGGACGAGGAGACAGAUGAUCGUGUUUGUGCGGUACAACCUGGGCCCUGGUGUAGCCGUGGAGCUGCAGGAGGAGGCGAGUGUGGCUGAGCUGAAGGAGGUGGUGGGGAGUCAGCAGGGAGUCCGUCCAGAGCAGCUCCGGGUUCUGUUUGCUGGGCGGGAGCUGCAGAACUCCUCCUCUCUGCAGGGCUGUGACCUCCCGGAGCAGAGCACCGUCCAUGUGGUCCUCCCUCCUUCAGGGUCCUCCUCCUCCCAGCUCCUUCUCCUGCAGGAGCGUCUGGCUCGAGGCACAGAGGAGCGGGACAGUCUGACCAGGCUGGACCUCAGCUCCUCCCGUCUCCUCACCACCUCCUCUGGACUUGCCGUGAUCCUGGAUGAAGGAGGAAGAGGAGUAGAGGAGGCGGCAGCAGCUCAGAAUGGUGUGCGUACCCGCAGUACUUUCUUUGUGUACUGUAAGAGAUGCAGGUCGAUACAAUCUGGAAAACUACGAGUUCGUUGUCGAAGCUGCAAACAGACGACGCUGACGCUCAGCAGGGGGCCGUCCUGCUGGGACGAUGUCCUUCAGCCUGGACGUAUCCAUGGUAUCUGUCAAUCUGAUGGUUGUCAUGGCAAAGAAGCGGAGUUCUACAUGAAGUGUGCGUCUCAUCCGACAUCAGACGACGACGUCUCCGUGGCUCUCGACCUCAUUAUGACCAACAGCAGAGACGUGCCCUGCAUCGCCUGCACCGACAUCAUGGACAUGAUCCUGGUCUUCCAGUGUUCAGAGCGUCAUGUGAUCUGUCUGGACUGUUUCCAUCGUUACUGCCAGACACGCCUGAAUGAGCGACAGUUUGUUCAUCACCCCGUGGUCGGGUACUCGCUGCCGUGUGCAGUCGGCUGUGACGACUCUCUGAUCAAAGAGUUGCAUCACUUCAGGAUUCUGGGAGAAGAUCAGUAUGGGCGGUACCAACAGUAUGGGGCAGAAGAGUGUCUGAUGGCCAUUGGAGGACUGAUGUGUCCAUCACCUGGCUGUGGGGCGGGGCUUGUCCCACCAGAUGGCAGCAGGAAGGUGGAGUGUGACCGACAGCUGGGCUGUGGCUUCGUUUUCUGCAGGGACUGCAGGAGCGUCUUCCACGAGGGUGCAUGUGAGGCAGUGCUGACUCCACCCUCAGAAGACGCCUCUCAGGGUUUUGUCGUGGAGGAGGAGGCAUCUCUGCGGGGGAGGUGGGAUCAGGCGUCCCGGCUGUUCAUCCAGGAGUCAACCAAACGCUGCCCUCAGUGUUCAGUUCCAGUGGAGAGAAACGGCGGAUGUAUGCACAUGCAGUGUUCCCUGUGCAAAGCCGAGUGGUGUUGGCUCUGCAGGGUCCCCUGGAACAGAGAGUGUAUGGGAGACCACUGGUUCGGAUAAACAGGCCUGGAAGACACGAUCACAUGGGCAACCACUCGCAGAAGUAAUCACAUGACCAGACAUGUUGAUUACAAAAUGUAAUCCAAACCUUUGAUGAAAACUAUGUAUUUGCACAUGUAAAUAUAAUUUAUGAGGAAAGCAUGUAAAAUCUGAACCUGACGGCUGUUUGAAGUUCCUGGACAUGAGGUCAGAGAAGCAGAAGCAACGACUGAUAUUUGAUUAAUUUGUCUGAUGAUACAUGAAGUCUGAUGUAUGUGGAAUGUGAGAUUUACGGUUUCUGAUGCUUCCUGCUCUCUGUGACAAACAGAAACUGAGUCCUGUUAAUAAAUGAGGUGUUUAUUCAGA